GAGACGACGGUGAAUUGUGCAUAGAAAGAAUAACACAGUGUAGAUUGCGUGGUGGUAGUAGUACAACAAACAACACAGAUUUGCAGUUCAGGGAAUUUCAGACCGAGGCAGUCCAGGCGUGCACUGCCGGGGGGAAAAAACCGGCGACGCGUUGUCCAAGGUGUUAGGGUACGGUUUGGGAAUUCCAAAGCUUGAAUGGUUCCUGGCAGCUUCCGCCAAAGCGACUGCGGCACCCGGCUUGCCUGCCUACAGCUCUACAGAAUGUGUGCACCUACCUACCUGUUCCGGUGCCCUGCCGCGGUGCAUUGAAGUACAUACUACUAAGGAGUCAUUGUCGUCGUCGUCGCCGUCGUUGGCGUCAUCGGCGCAAAAAUGGAGGAACUACUGGCGUCGAUAGUGAAGGAAGCGACCGGUAGUAAGCUGCAGAACCUCAAGCAGGCCGCCCAGAUCGCACACGAGAAGCUAUCCCGGCAGCACGGACUGCACCGGGAUCCAUCGUACGAGCUGCGGUCGGUCUGCUUCACCGCGCUCCAGAUGGCACUCGAGACGAAGCGCCCAAAGUUCAUCACCUACGGCCUGAACGGUCUGCAUCGCAUCAUACGGGAUGAGCGGUUCUUUGCCGGGUUAGAGCCGGAGGACGAUUCGCUGUGGUUGCCGGCCCAGUUGCUGCGGGCCACCUCGAGCCUCUCGACGGUCGCCAACACCGAGGACACGGUGGUGAACGUGCUGCGGUUGAUACUCGCGAUGGCCUGCUCCCCGACCUGCACCCUCAACGGGCGGCUCCUGAUCGAGGUACUGUCCCGGUGUGGCGAGUGCUGGGAGAACGGUUCCCGGGCGGUCCGAGCCGCGUCGCUCGCCGCCGGUAGCCAGUGUUUGCGCACCUUCUGCGCCUUCCUCAAGGACGAGGCGGAGGAGAUCGUCCGGCUCGAUCCGACCGGCAUCAUCAGCCUCGGUAUGGCGGCCGCCGUCUACAACGAGGUCAUCCCGGUAAUGCAGUGGCUCUGCAGCCGGCUCGUCGAACCGUCGGCUGCGGCCACGGCAGCCGCGGCUACGGCGGCUGCAGCAGCAGCGGCGGCCACCGCCAACGGUAACCACCGAUCGGCCGCCGCAGCCGCCGUCGCCGCCAUCACCUGUCACGACGCGACGCUCGGUGGCGGGACGGGCGGGAACGGUGGUUGCUCCAACUCCUCGCUCUACCUGAUGGAGUGCAUCCUGACGCUCGUCGUGUCGCUGCCGGCCGACGUGCACGCCAACCCGCACUUUACCGCCUUCCUUUGGCAAAAGUUUUGCCCGACGUUGGCCGCCACCAUGGGGUCACCGGGGCGGGUCAACAAGGACAAGAAGUUCACGUACAGGGAUGCGAUCCAUCUGAUCGAGAGCGAAAACCGAGGGUUCUUCACGCGCCCGGGCCUGGACGGACCGCAGGCCCGCUGCAUCUAUCUGACCAGCAUCCAGUUGCUGCGGAUCGCCGGCGCUCAGGGUAGCCUGCGGCCGAUGCUGGAGGCGCUGUUCCAUCGGAUGCUGCUGCUGCCGAUACCGGCCAACCGGACCGAGCCGCUUCGGUAUGCGCGCGAAAUCUUUAAAUCCCCCGAGCGGCUCAUCGAUCUCGCCAUCAUCCUCUAUCCGGAUAAAUCGCAGAGCAGCAGCGACGAUAUGGCGCUGUUCCGGCUCGUGAUCGAUGCGAUGGAGGAGUGUGCGGCAGCGUGGCACAACGGUAGCACCUCCGUGUACGGUGCGCUCUGCUCGGCGGUCGAGUGUAUCGUGGCACUGCUGGAGAGCCUACAGGUGCUCGUCUCGAGCGGUGGACUGGCCGAGACGCUCGUCAGCGAGCGAAUCGCGGAGCUGGUGAACCGCCGGUACCCACGGCUCUCGGAUGCGGACUACAGUGGCCCGUUGACGUACCAGUCGAUGAGCCGGUUACCACCACCGUACCGCGAUGCGGUGGCCGAGCUGCGCCAGAACGGCUACGAAUCGUCCUCCGACUCGGACGGCGAUGGUGGCAAUGGUGGUGGUCCUGGGGACCACACGAUCGAUCCGGAGGUGGGCUCGAUCGGUUCCGGCGAUACCGAGGGCCCGGAGGACGAGGUGACCCAUUCGUCCGGCGACGAAAUGUCAUCCCGGGCGAGCCAACAACCGAUCUGGCUGUGGUCGCACAUCGAAGAGUCCUCGUCAGCGACCGGGGCGACGACGGCGCCGACGACGGCGACGACAACGGGUGGGGGCCGUCCGGACGGUACCGACUGCGAUCGGCAGCAUGCGCGCGAGUUCGCGAUCGUCCUCACUAAUGUGCUCGUGCCCGCCCUUCUGAAGCUCAAAUCCUCGAUCGAGGUCGACGAAGCGAUGCAGGAGUUCGCCUCGAAAGUGUGCCAGCAGCAGCAGCACUGUCUUAACCGGCUGGUGGACGGUACGGUGGGUGACCACCACCCUUCGGCACCACCGUACGGUCUUACCGCGCUCAAUGCCGACGGUAUCUAUUUGGCCACCUUCUCCGCCCUACUGCUCGCCCUCCAGCUCAUGAAGUCCGGUCACUACGAGGCGUCGUCGUCGGCGACGGUGACGGGGACGGUGACCGGGGCAUCGCACCCGGGUGGCCGCACCGGCCCCGGCCCCGGCGGGAUCGUCAUCCCGCUUUCGGAGCAACAGUUCGUGACGUCGGUGCAGCACUCGGGCAUCCUGGUGUACCAGUCGGCCGGUUGGCUCCGGGAGCUGUACCAGUGCAUCCUGGCGACGAACCCGCUCGGGGCGAUCGGUCCCGGGCUGGUGCUGGAGCAACCGGACGGUGGCCACUGUGCCCUGCUCGAUAUGCUGUACGAUGCGGGCGGUUUCGGACCGACGCAGAUGCUGUCCGACUGGAUGCGGCUCCAGUCGGUCGUGCGGAUGCCGAACGAUGAGCGGACGGCUCAGCAGCAGGCGGCCAAAAAGAUCGCUCGCCGUCUGCUCACCUGCUGCUGGGAUUCGAUGGUGACCGUGCUGACGGCUGGGUUGGGUGAAGCCGGCCAGGGAGCGGCCGGACCGGGGCAACACCACCGGGCCACCGGACCCGCACCGGGCCGGCUCGUGAAGCUGUCGAGCGUGAAGCGAACGUUGCGCGUGACGGGACACCGGGGGGACCACCAGCGGGGGAUCGGUGGGCGGGGUGGAGCGGGGGGUGAGACGCUGUACGCGCUCAGCCUGGACGGGUUGCAUGCGGCCGCCACCCUCAGCAACGCGCUCGCCCUCCAGCACCUGGCCGGCAACAUCAUCAACCUGAUCGCGUGCAACGUUUGCCAGAGCGCCGGCCCCAAGAUACCGGCCAGCCAUGCGCUCUCGAUGGACGUGGUGCUGUCCGGGGGGCUGGAGCUCGGUUCGCACAGUGCCGACUGCUGGCUGCCCGUCUUCUCCGUCUGCCGCCACGUCACGCAGCUCGAGCACGAUCUGUUUAGCUCACAGAACGGUGCUGGCGGUGGCGGCGGCGGCGGCAGCAGCAACGGCGGCGGCGGCGGUGCUGGCACACAGUGCAAGGAUGCAUCCGAGGCAUCGUCCGGCGGACCACGGAUCGGUGGUGGCAACGGCAACACCGACAAACUACACCUUUCCCCCUACUCGGUUGACGAGGAUGAGACGUGUAUCGAUGUGUACAGCUUCCUGCAGGCACCGAGCACGAACGCGAACGUGAACGUGCUGAGCAUCCUGAAGGCGUACGCGGGUAACGAUGCGGUCCACCUGUCCCCGGCCGACACGGCCAAGAUGCUGUGCGCGCUGUCGCACCAGGCGGAUGUGCUGUUCGCGGAGGCCGCGGAACGGUUGGCGCUGCCCGCCCUGCAGCAGUUCCUCAAGAGCCUGUGCCGGGCAUCGCGCGAACAGCUGUACAAGAGUGCGGCCUCGGUGAAGAAGCGCGGCCGUAAGUCGUGGUGGCUUGGCCGGCCCUGGAAGGUGAAGAACGAUUCGCUGCCGCUGGCCCUGUUGCUGCACCGCGUCGGUGACGUGACGCUGAAGGUGUUCCGGGGACCGCGACCCCUGCUGCAUGUGCUCAAGGUGUGGGCCAUCACCGGGCCACACCUGAUGGAUGCCGCUUGUCACAAGGAUCGGAGCAUCUCGAAGCGGGCGAUCGAGUACAUCCACGACAUCAUCACCGCCCUGCUGGUGGAGCAGACCGAGCUGCCGCACUUUCACUUCAACGAGGCACUGCUGAAACCGUUCGAAAAUCUGCUGAGCGCCGACACGUGCGACGCGGACGUACAGGACCAGAUUGUCGCCUGUCUGUACGAGGUGGUCGAGGCACACCGGACCGAGAUACGGUCCGGGUGGCGCCCCCUAUUCGGCACGCUGCGAACCGCACGCAACCGCCCGGUGCACCUUGCAAACAUCAUCGACAUCUUCCGAGUGUUUCUGGAGACGGACAACAUGCUGGUGUUUGCGAAUGCCGGCCUCGACUGCAUUCUCUGUCUGCUGUCGUACCUGGAGAUCUCGGGUACGGGCGGUGGACCGGGUACGGGCAGUAGCGCGCUCGGUCAGACAGUGCCCCAGACCGGUGGCCCGAUGGUGGUGGUCCCCGAUGGUGACGAGCUGGGCGGGUUGACGAUGCGUUCCGGCGAUUUCCUGUACGAUGCGCUCAAGUUUCUCGAGCGGUGCGCGACGAUACUCGACUUUAUGUACCAUAUGCCACAGUGCCCGAACCUGCACUCGACCUACAAGAUCAAGGGCAUUAGCUAUACGCACCUGAUCGAUGCCACCAUACCGAGCUCGAUGGAGCACCUGGCGUUCUUCGGUCAGGAGUAUCUGCACGCGAGUGACGAGCAGUGCCGGAUCAGCUACCGGGCGCUGCACAUCGAUCGCGAGUCCGAGAUCCGCCGGUUGGACGAGCUGGAUCGGCCGAGCGGUGUGCUGAAGGUUUGGUUUCUGCUGCUCGACGGUCUCACUAACUCGCUGAUCGUCUGCCCGAUCGCGCACCAGUCACCGAUACUGCAGUCGAUCUUUAAGAUCUUCAAGCAGCUACCGGUUAGCCCGGGCGUCGAGUUUGGGUUCUACUGCGUGAACCAUCUGCUGAUACCGAUGAUCCAGGACUGGUUGCGCUACGUCAACAAGGCCCAGAAGAGCUGGGCACUGAUCGAGAAGAACUUUAAGCACUGCUGCUGCAUGACGACCGAUCUGGUGGUCGACUUUCUGACCCGGGCCGUGACCGGUUGUUCGGCAUCGGCCACCAGCGCCAGCGAUCAUCGCGUCGUCAUUGGCAGCGAAUCACAGGGCCACAGAACCAACGAUGGCAAAGGGCAGCAACAACGGCAGGAACGGCGACACCAGCAGCAGCAGCAGCAGCAGCACCAACAUCCGAGCCCGGCUAGUACGCUCGCCCUCAAGCAGCUGCUGCUGGUGCUGAUCGAAUGUUCGGCCCAGUCGCAGGAGACGAUCGCCCGGGUUGGGGUGUCCUGCAUGAAGCACAUUCUCUUCUCCGCCGGCCAUCUGUUCGGUGAGGAGCAGUGGGUCAUCAUUGCGUCGGCCAUUCACCGGGCCAGCACGGUCUCGAUGGCACCGCUCAAGCAGCUCAUCUUCGCCUUCAAUCGCAACUCGAACAGCUUCUACGGGGAUUGCGCGAACGUGAAGGUUGCGGCACGGCGUGACAGCACAACCGAGGAGCUGCAGCGCAUCCACUCGUUAGCGCAGCAGGUCUUCCUGAUGGACUGCCAGCGAGAGGGCACGGCUGGUGGUGUAGUUGGUGCGACACGGGCGAGCAAUCAACAGGGGGGUGGCAGUAACACAGUUGGCACACCCGGCACCACCGGUACCGUGACGGGCAGUGGCGGUAUCGCUCCGACCACGUCCGGUAUCGGUUCGAACGGGUUGCAGGAGGAUCGUUCGUACUCCUUCCUGCUGCACCCACUACAGUGCCAGCCGGACGGUGUAGCGACGCCAUCGUACACUAGCAGCAGCAACAGCAGCAGCACCACCAACACCACUAAAGCCGUGCCCCCGUCCUCCUCUUCCUCUAGCCUUCCACCGGUGAACGGUUGCAACGGGCCGGUUGAUUGCUACAUCAUCCGCAUACCGUACCGGAACCUGAUCGUGGGCAUGCUAGCCAGCCAGAUGCUGCUCCAGCUCAUCGCGAACGUACUGCUGAGCGGGCUAUCGAACGUACCGAGCGAGCUAAACACCUGCUUCUACACCAGCAGCGGCCGAGCGGAAGCGGUCUCCUCCGCUUCGUCCUCCUCAUCCUCCUCGACGAUGGCAGCGGCGGCGGCAUCGGCUGCUCCACGCGGUACCGGUGCGUCGACGGCCAGCAAGUCACCGUUCCAGCUGGGCCAGCACAGCAAGGAGAUACUGUUGCGCGCCCUGCGCCAGUUUCUGGCCAGCGCGAUCGAGUUCGAUUCCCGGCCGGGGCUCAAGUUUCUGCUGCAGAAGGUGUCCGGUAUCGAGUACGCCGCCAAUCUGUACAAGCAGAUGAACUCCUCCUGGAUCAUCCAGUACAUGGUGCUGGUCGAUACGUAUCUCAGCAACGUCCGGCUGUACCAGCUCGAUGUGGCCGAUGUGCGGCAAGCGCUGGACCGUGCCCGCUACGAUGCAGCGUAUCCGGUCCUCCGGUCCGGGCCCGGUGUCGGUGCCGGUGGCAAAUGUGACGAUACCUGCCUGCAGUAUCUGCUAGCACUGCGCGACCUCUGGGAGCUGAUCGCCGAACACUUCAUCAACCAUCUCGAGCACGAACCGCAACCGGGACACCUCGGUCACCGGUACCGGCAGACCGGCAGCGGAGAUAUGGCCGCCGGUACACCGCUGACUACUACGAGCGACCAACCGGGACACGACGGUGAUCAUCACGUCUGGCCAUCAGCGCAGCAAGCGACUGCCAUCGAAGAGGAGUGCUCGCCGGUGACACCGAAAGCCGACACUGCGGGUCGGCAGCAGGAACAGGCGAAAGAGCUUGAAUCCCUGCACCAACAGCAGCAGCAGCAGCAGCAGCAGCACUACAAACAACUACAGGACAGCACACCGCAACCGCUGACACCGCUGGCGGAACGGCCGAAGUCGGUGAUACCGCCGGAAAUUGAGCAGCAGCGGGCACACAGCAUCCAGCGCGAUGUGUCGUACAAAACCUCCGCCUUACGGCAGCUGAUCGUCGCCUCGAUCGAGCUGAUUAAGCUGCUGCCCGACGAACAGUCGGACUAUUUACAACUUUUGUUGACCCCCACGAUACGGGAAGCGUUUCGCUACGUCGAGGAGAACCAGCAGCAGCAGCCGCAGCCGCAGCAGCCGCAGCAGCAGCAUCAGACCGGCGCCAGCCUAGACGUGGUUGCCCACUAGAGUGCUGCUGUUGCUGCUGUGAGCCCUGUUCGCCCCCCCGGACCGGGCACGACCUUCCCCACAACUACGCCCACAUAAUCGCUUGGAAAAUUCACAACCAACCAAAAAAGUAUUAAUUGCGCGCUAUGCUGUAUCAGCCUCAGAUCCCCAACCCAGCCCCCUCCCCU